UGAUAAAUAUGAAUAAAAAACCAGAAGCAUACGAGUUAAAAAAUGUGAUUGAUAAUGCAAAAGAACCACUAGUUUUUAAAAAUAUUAUUAAUUUUUUUAAUAAUUGGACAAUGAAUUUAUGGAGGAGUGAAUUUAAGGAUUUACAAUUACCUUUUCGAAAAGGAUACAAUUCAAUAUGCAAGUGUGGAAAGAACCAUCCCCAAUGGGAACGAUUUACAGAAACAGUAUAUUUAACAUUUGAUGAAUUUUUAAAAUUAUCGGAUAAUAUUUGUAAUUAUUGGUAUUAUUUUGACUAUAAACGUAUGGUCGAAUGGUUUUCAACGUCUUCGAAUAUUAUGAAGAAUAUAAGUUGGUCAGAUUUUGGGUAUGCUGAUGUCACCGGAUUAGAGAGUACUAUUUGGAUUGGUAGCAAAGGUGCACAUACACCUUGUCAUAUUGAUACUUAUGAGAAUAAUUUAGUACUACAAGUAUUUGGUGAAAAAAAAUGGAUAUUAUUUCCACCAAACACAGAUUUAAAACCUACAAGAAUACCAUAUGAAGAAUCCAGUAUUUAUAGCAAAAUUAAUUUUUUUCAUCCAGAUAUGAAUGAUUUAAUUGGAUUAAAAGGUGGACGUGAAGUUUUAUUAAAACCUGGUGAUGUGUUGUUUGUGCCACAAGGAUGGUGGCAUUAUGUAGAAAAUGUUUCUAAUGUUGCAAUCAGUAUUAAUGUUUGGAUUCCAACGACUCAAGAAAAGGAAACUCAUCUACACGAAUCAAUCGUACAAUUACUAGUUGCUCAAUUGACCAAAAGUUUACCAGAUACAUGUAACAAAUUAUUAAUAAAUCCAAAUAAUGAAGAUAUUUUUUUACAACCAUUAACAAUAUUAUAUGAACAAAUCAAAUAUUGCCUUAAUAAUUCAUGUAAACAACAAAAUAUUGCCACUGCCACUGUUGUUGUUAAUAAAUCAAAUAAUGAAUCAAAAAGCAAUAAUAGCAUUAUUGAAUUG